AUGGGGGCCAUGAGAGAUCUUUGGAUCCGCUGGAAAAUGCUGCGCCUUCCAUGGCGCAAGCGAUUCCUCGUCGGUCAAGAUCUUGUAGGAAACACAUACUGGGAGUUUCGAGACGCUCUCAACCACAACAGAAUGCGACGAAUGGUCAAGGCCGACCGUAAGACCCUCUAUGCCGACGUCCAGAUCUCGCCUCAAUGGCAUCAAUGGCUGCGACAGACUCGAUCGGAUCCACCAAGUCUGCAGGAACAAGCUGCGGAUCUGCAAAGACAGGCAACCUUAAAACACAAUGCAAGGCUGGCGGAUGAACGAUGGGCAGCCAAAGCAAAGUAUAUUGAGAAGCCAAAGUCGACUGUCACACCACAGCUUUCAGGUGAUCCUCAGAAGGAUAGAGCAGCGGCUGAAAGCAUGCCUGGACCACCUCCUCGACCCGAAAAGAUCAAGAGUGGUGUUGAGACUCCUGCUCCGCCGCCCAAGGAUCCAUGGAAGCAGGUCGACGAGAAAGCCUCAAACCCUGGAGCAACAUGGGCCCCUGAGUCGUGGGUUCCUGGGUCUUCCAAACGCUGA